AGCCGGUAUGUUUUUGACUCAUGAUUCUGCCCGUGCUGAGAUGCCGGCCAGUUUAGAUUCUGCCCCCGCAUUCCCUGCAUUCCCUGCAUGCGUAUGCCAUGUAAGUAAUGAAGCCAUUUCAAAAAUUUGCAAGGUCGAGUUUUUUGAUCUGGCCCUCCUACUUCCCGCCAAGUACGAGAGGCCCUCCGAUGAUCAGCCUAUCUCUAAGCGGGUCAAAUUAGCCGAGGACGGCGAUUGCUUGGUGAUCUCCGCCUCUCAAGCCUCCAAGAGGCGAAUUGAUUCUUUAGCUUCGUGGAUGGAAGCAUGGUCCAUCUUCACGAUUAUAGCUACCUCGAACGACCCGGCCUGCGCUGCUAGCUUGGCAGAACACCAGCUACGCAUUGUGCAAGCCGCAGCGAAGUACCGCCUGGCUGCGGUGCUCGAGUACGACAUCCGGGUGCGGCAAUCGGUGGCUCGGGCACGCACCCCCCUUUCAUCACUUGACACGGCGCUGUACACUGAAUGUUUCACGGGCCAGGCACUUCCCACGUGUUCCAAGUGCCGGAAGGUGGGCCACCUGGCCAACAAUUGUCUUUUUCGCGGCUCCGACAGCCGGACGCUGCAUGCCACCUCGGGCGCAACAAGCGGAGGAAGUGUCCACACGCCCGGGCAGUCCACCAUCUGCCGCAAGUUUAAUGCGGGCAACUGCUCCUUUAAUCAAUGCCGCUUUAAGCACUGCUGCUCCUUCUGCUCUGGCACCCACCCGGCCAAGGAAUGCCCAGCCCGCAAGUAGCUCCAUGAGUACUCCUUCCUCCUGUCUUCCUUUAUCUGCACAUAAACCCCACACGCCCAUCAUUAUUAGCGCACUUAAAAUAGAAUUAGAAUCACACCCCGAUGACCAGUUGGUCGCUUCCUUAUUGCAUGAUCUUGAAUUUGGUGUUCGCAUUGGUUUUGGCAACUGUCUGUCUGAGUCUUUUUUGUCACGUAAUUUGUCCUCCGCUGCUGACAAUGCAGAAGUAGUCGAUGACUAUCUCCGCCAGGAAUGUGAGCGCGGGCAUACGGCUGGCCCGUUUGAGGAGCCUCCUGUUCUCCCCAUUCACACCUCUGGCAUUGGAGUUGUACCUAAGAAGUCGGGUGGCGUCCGCCUAAUCAUGCACCUCUCCGCUCCUGCUGGCAGGAGCAUAAAUGAUGGCAUCAAGAACUCAGACUUCUCCUUCCAAAUGAUCUCGGUGGAUACGGUGGCCGAUCAUGUCAUGCGCACUGGGAAGGGGGCAUUGCUAUGCAAAGUGGACAUCAAGCAUGCAUUCCGGCUCUGUCCCGUUCAUCCCAACGACUGGCCUCUACUCGGAAUAUGUUGGCGGGGGAAGUUUUAUGUCGACAAAGUGCUGCCUUUCGGCCUGCGCUCCGCACCAGCUUUAUUCAACCGCCUAGCCGAAGCACUGGCCUGGCUACUUCGCCACAACUACGGUUUGAAGUGUCUGGAACACUACCUUGACGAUUUCAUCAACGUCUCACCACCAGCGCCGGUGGUCGCCACAUCAACAGCAGCGGUGCACAUGGCCACCAUCCUGGAGGUUUUCGCCAACCUCGGGGUUCCCAUCGCGGAAGGAGCAGACAAGCUUCUCGAGAUCAAAGCGCGGCUCAACGAGUGGGCGGUCAGCCCAUCGUGCACGAAACGUCAACUGUUGUCACUAAUUGGCCUCCUCUCAUUUGCGUCCAAAGUGGUUGCGGCCGGCCGCACCUUCACCCGUCGUCUCAUCCAUACCAGCACCACCGUGACAGGCUUAGAUGAAGAAGUGCACCUGGACGCCGAUGCUCAAGCAGACAUCCGUUGGUGGAAGGAGUUCCUCCCACACUGGAACGGCCGAGCGCUUCUGCGUGACCCAGUAUGGUCGAAGCCCCCAGACUUUGAGCUCUAUACCGAUGCUUCCGGCCUGGGAUUUGGAGGUUUCUUUCAGAGUGCCUGGUUUUGCCAAGAAUGGGGCCCGGAGCACCAGCACGGCCCUUUCUCCUCUAUCAUGUGGCGGGAGAUGUAUCCCAUUGCUGUGGCCGCGCAAUUGUGGGGCCCGCAGUGGCAGACGAAGAAGAUCCUCCUCCAUUGCGACAAUCAAGCUGUCGCCACAGCAUGGGAAUCCGGCUCAUGCCGGAAUCUGGAGGUCAUGAACCUCAUACGGACCACCCUGCGUAUUGCGGCACGCUACAACUUCAUCCUGUUGAUCCGUCACAUCUCAGGUAUCGACAACAGUAUUGCGGACGCCCUCUCCCGUCUACAGCUCAGUCGCUUCCGCUCGCUAGCUCCGUCUGCCAAUCCGGACCCAGUUCCACUGCCAACUUAGAUCGUCUAAUGAUGUCUCACAAUAUAUUCACAGCCCCUUGGGGUGUCCGUUUUGCUGUGUCUGGCCUUCGCCGUCACUACACUGACUUAUUGUUAUUUUUUUUCUGCCAUACCAACUACACCGAAACCAAUUUCUCAGUUCAAUCUCUC